AUGGAUGGAACGAUCAAGCUCUCGAGCGGUGGCUCCAUGCCUAUCUUAGGCCUUGGCACGUGGCUGUCUGAAAACGAAGAAGAGCUGACUACUGCCUUGAAGGCAGCACUCGACGGUGGCUAUCGUCUCAUCGACACUGCUUUCAUAUACCACAAUGAAGCUGUCAUUGGAAAGGUGCUGCAGGAAUACUUCAAGAAUGGAAAACUUAAACGAUCGGAUAUAUUCAUUACUACGAAGCUUCCUUUCACGGCACACGCUCCGGAGGACGUGGCAAGGUGCUUUCAGAUGCAGUUGGAUGCGUUACAACUUGACUAUGUCGAUCUUUACCUCAUCCAUUGUCCAGUACCUGUUGAGAGGAAGAAAGAUAGUUUUGAAAUUGCGUUCGUUGAUGAUAUGCAGGUCUAUUCUACGGUAGACCAUCUCGAUACUUGGCGUGCCAUGGAAAAGCUGUACGACGCUGGAAAAGCAAAGGCUCUGGGAUUAUCCAACUUCAAUGCUAAACAGAUUCAACGUAUUUACGAUAAUGUCCGAAUAAAACCGGCAAAUUUACAGGUUGAGUGUCAUUUAUACUGGCCACAAAACGAAUUGUACGAAUUUUGCAAAGCGCACAACAUCUCCUUCACGGCUUACGCACCAUUAGGAUCACGUGCACACAAGAACUGGAAUCCUAACUUGAAAUGGGGAGAAUGCGACCCACUAACAGAUCCUACAGUAAAGGAACUAGCAGAGAAGCAUCAUAAAACUCCUGCGCAGAUACUACUGCGUUUCCUCAUCGAGCGAGGGAUGGCUGUCAUACCGAAAAGCGUCAAGCCGAAACGAGUCAAAGAGAACUCCGAUGUCUUCGAUUUUUCUCUAAGUGAAGAAGAGAUGCAGAAACUCACUUCUAUCAAGAUACGAACAAGAAUUUUUGUUUGGGAUCUCGCUAUCGGCCAUCCCUUCUAUCCCUUCGACGAUGUUGAUCAAUCUCAAUACAAGAAAGUCUCGUUGAAGGAAAAUAAUCAUUGA